AUGGAGACACGUCGUCGGCAGCGCGACAAAGAUCAAGCGCGGCGGCGCGGUUCGCCUCCGCGUCGCGUGAGAGGCAGGCCGCGACGCGAGCAGGUUCACCGUGAAGAAACUGAUCAGUUAACUCCUCCGCCACCACCUCCACCUCCUCCUUCUCCAACGCCUCCACUACCUUCUCCGCCAACUUCACCGGAGCAGCAGAGGUCACCGAUGCAUUCACCCGGAGCUUCGGGAGAGGAGACUCCGGCACCUCAAGCACCGAUCUCCGGACAAGAUUGGAGGCACUUGAUCCGUAGCGUCGAUGAUAUACGACAGCGAAACAAUUACUUUCAGGAACAGUUGGAAUAUUAUCGUUACGAGCAACAGGAUGAGGAGGAGCGCGGAGCGGAAGCCGUGGCUGAAUUUGAAUCGUUCUCGGCGGCAAUGAGGGAGGUGGCUAUCCCGGAUAACAUGAAGAAUAUUUUCCUCGAGACGUAUAGCCGGAAAGCAAAUCCCAAGGAGCACCUGCUAUAUUUUAACACAAAAAUGGUAAAUAGUGCCGGUUCCGACGCUGUAAAGUGCAGGAUGUUUCCAGCUACAUUCAAAGGCACGGCCAUGGCGUGGUUCACAACUCUACCCAGAGGAUCCAUCACGAAUUUUCGUGACUUCUCAUCAAAGUUCCUCGUCCAGUUUUUCGCCAGUAAAACCAAGCAGGUGACAAUUGAGGAUUUGUACAAUGUCCGCCAGUCCGAGGGCGAGACUCUGAAGCAGUACGUGAAACGAUUCAACGCGGCGUCCGUCAAGAUUGAGGAGUCAAAGCCACAUGCUUGUGCGCGUGCUUUCAAGAACAGGUUGCAACCGGGGAAGCUGAAUAGAAAAUUGAGCCGUAAGCCAGCUCGGUCCAUGGCAGAGAUCCGUGUGCGAGCAAACACCUACAUUCUGGACGAGGAGGAUGAUGCUUUCAAGCGAAGGCGCGCGAAAAAAGGAGAAGGAUGGCGAAUAGAGGGACGCGUCGCCAGAAGGAAAACAGAGUAA